CUUGAAUAUCGGAACGUUUAGGUAAAUUCCUUGAGACCCAACGUAGGUCCGCAGGUGCUGUAUCUACUAGGAUGGUAGGCUAUAAAGUAGAAACUGGCUCGAGGUUCCAACUAUCCUCAUACCCAGUUUCUAUCCUUCAAGCACUCAAGCCCUCAUAUCCUCAAAUAAAACAUGCCUGGCUUGCUUUCGUCUAUACAGCGCUUCGACCUGUCUACGGGCAUCUCAGAAGAUGUAUGGGCCAUUCUAUAUGCCAAUGCUGCUCGUGCCAAUCUUAUCCUUCCCCACGCCGAGAAGGUUUUCGGUCGCCAAAGGUUUACACCCAAAAUCAGUUCCACUGAGCAGCUUUGGCUGGUGUACUUGAAUCCUAGAACUUCCGAAAUCCAAUUCAUUCUUUCCCUCACGACAGGGCCACAAGCCAAAUACCCCCUGUUCAUCGUCCCUACAGUCCCCAUCGCUGAAUUGACACCCAAGUUCCUCAAAAGCCCCAUGGAGGCGCUGUGCAACGCGCUUCUGAAUGAAUCUGGCUUCAGGAAACAGAGGGUGUUUUCCGCCUUUUCCGUUGAGCCGGUCACGGAAGCCUUCGCUCUCGCAUGGGAGAAAUUCACAGGGAUUGCUCGCAUCAAGGAGCCAUACUACAGUUCAAUUUACUCGACGUGUACCAAAAGCACAUUGGUCCGACAGCAGCGAGCUCCCCGUCCAUCAGAGGAUGUGGCUCUCGCACCGCGCCUUGCUUCAGAGCAGGAUGUCGAACAGAUGACUGUGCUAUGCCAGGAAUUUGCUGCGACUUCGCCUCCAUUCGUUCUCAGCACCGAGAAAUCCCGUGAGGAGGCUAUGCUCUUGAUUGCAAACAAGCAAGUCUGGGUGCACGAGAUCCAAAAGCCCAAUAGAAAACCUGAGAUUGCGACUAUCGUUGCUGUGACGCGGAAGUCCAAGGAUGUUGCUGCCAUCACAAAGGUCUAUACGCCAGAGAAGUGGAGGGGCAGAGGCUGUGCCGAGAGACUGGUUCGCCAUGUCUGCAUCGAGUUGCUGGAGAAGUACGAGGAACUUGUGUUAUACGUCGGCGUUGACAACUCCGCGAAGGAGGUGUAUAGCCGCGUGGGCUUCCAGGAUCUUCGUCCUGGGUCUGCCUCGGAGCGCUGGCUUGAACUUGGUUUUGAUCAGGCCAAAGUUGAACUCGGUCACUGGUAGAUUUUUAUGCAUACAUUUCUACUCUUUAUCGCUCCGCAUGGUCUCCUACAUGUCUUUCUAACAUCUUGCAUCUUGUCUGUAUCAUGACACUUCACCUGGAACUUUGUAUCCAUAGCAUGAGUACUUUACUUAUCUGUACAUAUCUCCUACCUGAUGUAAAUACAUAUAUAAUUACUGUUCUCGUUGUUUGAGCCACUGGUCACCAAAGGCUUCGUCGUCAGGAUACGCUGCAUUCAGUUCUGGGCUCAACAGAAACCUUGCUUUCCCGUCAUCUUGUGUCAAGUCCUCAAAGUACCUCCCUGCCUCUGGUGCAUCUACAAAAAUUCUAAGUACAUCCGCUGACUUUAGGCAGGUCGUUCUGAUGUUGUCCUCUGCAACAUCUGCGACAUCGCAGGGCAAUUCAGAGACGUCAGCCCUGGC